AUGCCUGCCGCCGCUGCACCACCCACACCCGCCGAAACCCUCGACGAAACCACCACCCUUCUAUGCCACCUUCUGCCGGCAUCCCUCUCCAUCAACUCUUUCCCGGGCCGCUGGCAAGUAUUGCGUUCCAAACUUGCAACUCUCAAGUCCCUUCUCUCUGAACUCUCCUAUUCCACUCACUGGUCUGAAAACCAACUCCUUAUAACGCUACUACCCAACCUCCUAUCCACCCUCCACCGCAUCCAGACCUUAUGCGAUCGGUGCACCGAUUCUACCUACACCGCUGGAAAGUUACUGAUGCAAAGCGAUCUUGAUAUGGCUGCCGGGUGGCUCUCCAAACAGCUUCACGACCUCGAUUUGCUACUUCGCUCCGGCGUUCUUCGUCAGUCCAACGCGAUUGUGCUCUCUCAACCAGCACCUGGUUCUGCUAAAGAAGAUUUGAGUUUGUUUGUUAGAGACCUUUUCACCAGAUUGCAGAUCGGAGGUGUGGAGUUUAAGAGAAAGGCAUUCGAAUCGCUUAUUCAAUUACUUGUUGAAGACGAGAAGGCGGCGACGUUGGUUGCUAAGGAAGGUAACAUCGGUUAUUUGAUUAAUUUAUUUGAUGUGAAUACUCAUCGGGAACAAUCGGUAUCUGCGAUAUCUAUCCUUGCCUGUGCAAGCGAUCAAUCUAGAAAAACGGUUUUCGAGGAGGGUGGACUAGGGCCUUUGUUGAGAAUCGUUGAAUCCGGUUCGCUUCCAUUGAAGGAAAAGGCGUCGAUGGCCGUGGAAGCAAUUACCGCCGAUCCUGAUAAUGCAUGGGCGAUUUCAGCCUACGGUGGUGUUCCGAUACUUCUUGAUGUCUGCAGGUGUGGAUCUUUAACAGCGCAAUCUCACGCAAUAGGUGCGAUUAGAAACGUGGCUUCAGUUGAAGAUAUUCGCGCCUCCUUAGGCGAAGAAGCCGCCGUUCCGGUGAUAGUUGGGUUACUUGUAUCAGGUUCCGCCGCCGCAAAAGAGAAAGCGGCCAAUUGCAUCUCCAUCCUCGCAUCAUCGGGCGAGUAUUUUAGGGCUAUGAUAAUUCAAGAGAAAGGUUUGCAAAAGCUGUUACAAUUACUUCACCAAUCUUCAAAUCCAGAUACAAUUGAACACAUAUUACGCGCAAUUCACUCCCUCUCAUCCUCAGAUUCAGUUUGUCGGUUAUUAUCUACGUCAUCUAUCUUCAUAACACAAAUCUCAGGAAUCAUAAAGCAAGGGAAUUUCACUCUCCAACAAAUCUCAGUCUCCAUAUUAGCUAAUCUGUCAAUUAACGACGCUAACAAGCGUGCAAUCGCCGGAUGUAUGGGAUCUCUGGUCAAACUACUAGAAUUUGCGAAACCGGCAGGGUUACAAGAUUCAGCGAUGAAAUCGUUGGUUUCUCUAUUAACAAUAAAACCUAACAGGAAGGAAUUCGUGAAGGACGAAAAGAACAUGAUGAGAUUGGUUCAGAUGUUAGAUCCGACGAACGAAUCGGUACCAAAAAAAUACCCGGUGGCGAUUGUCCACGCGUUGAUGACCGGAGGCAGCAACGAGACUCUCCGGCAACCGUCUCAAAAAUAUAUUCAGCCGGACAUGGAGGGAAUAGAAAUAAAUAAAAUAUCUCUAACCCCCGCCAAGAAAAAGGAGCUUGGUUUUGGACUAACUACUGUGUCUUGCUAAAGAAGCCAACAACCAAACACCUUACUUUAUAUAUAUAAAAAAAUCCCCCAAAAAUGAUUUAAUUAUUAUACGAAAGUUACAUAACAACGUACGGAUG